UGACGUCGACGAUCAAGAACGUAAACAGGAAGUUACAACAAGGCGAACAAGCUAGCGUGUGUUUUGGUUUGUUGACGUUAAAGUCUCUUUUUUACCUAAAUAAUCUUACAGAUCGACACAAAAACUCAAAAUGGGGAAGCGACAGCACCAAAAAGAUAAAAUGUACAUCACGUGUUCAGAGUACACACACUUUUAUGGAGGGAAGAAAUCAGAAAUCCCACAGGCAAACUUCAGACGGCUUCCCUUUGACCACUGCAGCUUGUCCCUGCAGCCGUUUGAGUAUCCGGUCUGUACUGAUGAGGGAGUCAUCUUUGACCUGCUGAGCAUCGUCCCAUGGAUCAAGAAGUAUGGGACUAAUCCGAGCUCUGGAGAGAAACUGGAAGUAAAGUCCCUCAUCAAACUUAACAUUGCCAAGAACAACGAUGGAAAGUAUCACUGCCCUGUUAUGUUCAACGUCUUCACAAAUAAUUCUCACUUCGUUGCCAACAAGGUCACCGGCAACGUCUUUUCUCAUGAGGCUGUUGAGCAACUCAACAUCAAGACCAAAUGUUAUAAAGAUCUGCUGACCGACGAACCCUUCACCAGAAAGGACAUUAUUGUACUUCAGGACCCCACAAACCUGGAUAAGUUCAAUGUCUCUGACUUCUUCCAUGUUAAAAACAACCUGAAGAUGUUGGAUCCAGAUGAGGAAAAAGCCAAGCUGGACCCGGCAUACCACCUGAGGACCACCAAUCUGGAGACCAGGGAGACCUUAGCUGAGCUGUACAAAGACUACAAGGGGGACCAGCUCCUGGCUUCCACUAUGAAAGAGCCAGUGGCCAAGAAGACGGACAAAUUAAACGCUGCCCACUACUCUACCGGCAGAGUUUCCUCCUCCUUCACAUCCACGGCCAUGACUCCUGCAACAACACAAACAGCAGACACCAUCGCUGACGACACCGUGCGUUACCAGUACGUGAAGAAGAAGGGCUACGUCCGUCUACACACAAACAAAGGAGACCUGAACCUUGAGUUGAACUGUGACAAGGUUCCCAAAGCUGGAGAGAAUUUCAUCCGUCUGAGUAAAAAAGGCUAUUAUGACGGGACAGUCUUCCACAGGUCCAUCCGCAAUUUCAUGAUUCAAGGAGGGGACCCCACUGGCACUGGCACAGGAGGGGAAUCCUUCUGGGGAAAACCUUUCAAGGAUGAGUUUCGGCCCAACCUGUCUCAUACCGGCCGGGGGGUUCUCAGCAUGGCAAACUCCGGUCCAAACACCAACAAGUCCCAGUUCUUCAUCACAUUCCGGUCGUGCACCUACCUCGACAGGAAGCACACAAUAUUUGGAAGGAUUGUUGGUGGAUUUGAGACGCUCACAGCCAUGGAGAACGUGGAGGCUGAUCCCAAAUCAGACAAACCAAAGUCGGAGAUCAAGAUCAUAAGUGCGACUGUGUUCGUGGACCCGUACGAAGAGGCUGACGCUCAGAUUGCAGCGGAGCGAGAAAAGGAGCUGCAGAAAGAGGAGGAGGAGCGGCAGCAGACCAGCAUCGCCCAGAAGAAAGCGAAGGAGGAGCAAGCGCCAAAAACCUUCAAGGCAGGCGUGGGGAAAUACAUCAACCCUGCCACAACAAAACGUUCGGCUGCUGAAGAUGAAAGCGGGCCGUCCACCAGCGGAGCGGCGCCCAAGAAGUCCAAAGGGAAGAGCAACUUCGGAGACUUCAGUGCCUGGUAGCACCGAGGCAUUCGGCUUUUACCAGUCUGUAUUUUUACUGGUCGGGUUGAGCGCGAGCAAAAUUAAUUUCAUUCAUACAUGUGUGUAUCAUCUCUCAGUAGUGUUGUCAUCUUUGUGAAACAAUUAAAGUUACUUUUUACAAACAUA